CUCAGGAUCGACAACACUCUCCUGUCCCGCGUCGCUGCCAAGAUCUCUCAGAUCGGCAGCCGGGUCCUGGGCAGGGCCGCCCUUGAUGGCCGCAACUACUACAUUGGCGGUGUCGGCUUUGACUCGCUCAGCGCCGGCCGCCUGGCCCUCGCCAUCAAGGACGAGCUGGAUGUCGAGAUCUCGCCGCUGAUCCUGCUGUCGAACGGAAUGACACCCACCGAUGUCGCCCAGCUUGCCAUCGACAUGCUCGACGACAGACUGAUGGUCCCGCCGACCGUGGAUCUGUACCAGGAAGCCGUCAGGUUCGACGAUGCGGGUGUGACGGCCGACGGCCUCCCUCGGUUUGUCUAUCCCGACAAUCCUCGCGGCAUCGUCCUGACGGGGGCCACUGGGUUCCUCGGUGCAUUCCUGCUGUACGAGCUGGCCAGCAGGUUCCCCAGCGCCAAGAUCUACUGCCUGGUCCGAGCCAAGGACGAGCCGGCCGCCAUCGACCGCAUCUUUGACACGGCCAGCAAGCUGAUCCUCAACCAGCAGCAGAUGCACGACCUCGAGCACAACAUCCGUCCCAGGAUCGUGGGUCUUCCCGGCGACCUGGCACAGGACAAGUGGGGCCUGUCGGACGAGCGAUGGCAGGAGAUCAGCGAGCAGAGCGAUGUGAUUGUGCACAACGGUGCCGAGGUCCACUGGCUCUACAACUACGAGGCACUCAAGGGCCCGAACGUCCUCGGCACGGCGACGGCCUUGAGACUGGCCACGACCCACCACUUGAAGCCGCUCCACUACAUCUCGACGAUCGGCACGCUGCCGAUGAAGGGCUCGGCCCAGCCGCUCGAGGAGCGAAUGUCGCUGAACUGGAACCUCUCUGGCGGCUACGCACAGACCAAAUGGGUCUCGGAGAAGCUGAUCCACAAGGCACGAUCGAGGGGCGUGCCGGUGACGAUCAUCCGACCGGCCGCGAUCGUCGGCGAGAGCCGAUACGGAGCAUGCAACGUUGAUGACUACAUCUGGCGAUAUGUCAAGGGAUGCAUCCAGAUCGGAAUCGCUCCCUCCCAUGCAACCCCCGUCACACUGACCAUGGACCCGGUCGACCAUGUGGCCAAGGUCGUCACGGCGAUUGUGGCCUCGGAGCAGGCCCUUUCCAACUUUGUGUUUCAUGUCAGCGACUCGGAGAACAGCCUCAUCGCCGAGAAGAAGAUCUUUGAGAUCGUCAAUGCCAUGGGAUGGCGAGUCAUGUUCGAGACACGCGAGCAGUUCAAGAUCCUGCUCCACUCGGCUCCCUCCGUCGAGACCAACGCCCUGUUCCCGCUGAUGCACAUGCUGAUGGACAUGUCCGUCCAGGUCGACAACCCCAACACCCGCUCGAUCUAUCCGACACCGAGUCCCCCGGCCGAGAAGGUCGUCGAGCGAUGUCUCCGAUUCUUGGACCGUGUGAAGUACCUCCCUGCUCCGCCCGAGCCUGUCUCGCCGCUCCAGACGGACGACUAUCCCGAAGUCAGCGUCUUUGGCCGCACUGGCCGCAACUGAACGGCACAGAUGUGCUGGACCAGGCUGCACCGACGGGUUGUCCUGAGGCAUGGCCAGCAGUGACCGGCAGUGGCAGUUGAUGCACUGCACUCGGAUAGCCCUCGGCGCUUCACCCAGAGUCUCACCUGGCAGAUCCUGGUUGUUCGACCACACCAUCGAUCCAGUGUCCUCGACUGAGUCCUCGACUGAGUCUCACAGCGAGGACACUCUUCCUUCUGUCGUUGCUUUGUAUUGUGCUUGUUCUUUCCAUCUC